CCUCCCAUUCUCACCGCGCAUGCGCGGCUCAGAGAGCGCACAGCACAGCGAUCGGCGGUGCGCUGUGUCCCCUCGGACACAGCGGAUCACCGAUCACGGAAAGAGCAGAAGAUGUCGGCUCGGUCAUGUGAUCAGCUGUGUCCAAUCACAGCUGAUCACUGAUGAUCAAUGUGCCCUGAUGAUCAGUGUAGCCCCAGCAGUGCCACCUGUCAGUGUCCAUCAUUGCCUUGUGUCAGUGCUCAUCAGUGCCACAUCAAUGCCACAUAUCAGUGCCCAUCUGAACUGCCUUUCAGUGUCACCCAUCAGUGCCACCUAUCAGUGCUGCCAAUCAGUGCCACCUAUCAGUGCCAGUCAGUGCUGCCUAUCAGUGCCAGUCAGUGCCACCUAUCAGUGCGCAUCAGUGCCGCCUGUCAGUGCCACCUAUCAGUGCCAGUCAGUGCCGCCUAACAGUACCAGUCAGUGCCACCUAUCAGUGCUACCUAUCAGUGCCAUGUAUCAGUGCUGCCUUUCAGUGCCCAUCAGUGAUGCCUGUCAAUGCCCAUCAGUGCCACCUACCAGUGCCUCCUUAUCAGUGCACAUCAGUGCCACCUAUCAGUGUCCAUCAGUACAGCCUAUCAGUGCCCAUCACUACAGCCUCAUUAGCGCAUAUCAGUGAAGGAGAAAAAUCACUUAUUUACAAAAUUUUAUAACAAAAACUAAGAAAAAACUUUUUUUUUUUCAAAAUUUUCAGUGGUUUUUGGUUUGUUUAAGAAAAAAUAA